AUGGAGGGGCAGUUACAGAAAAUCAAGAUGGAGGUCAUGCAGGAUCGAUUGGACAGCCUCGAGCUCCGUUUUGAGGAUCUUGCAAAUAACUUUGCGCAUCUCUCCACGAAGCAGUUCAGUAAGCAAUGCAUCAGCUGUAUGGAAGCUAUUCGGAGCCUUGCGUCUGAUUGUCUGAUCGCAAACGCUGAUGAUUUUCUUCUUUCCAUGAACAGAGCCGAGUUUAUAGGAUACGUACGAGACUAUCAGCGGUCCAUGCGUUUCGAUGUUGACGGAAGCAACAUAAUCAAACGGUGUGAACUUGAGACAGGACACCACCGUCAGUUGACAGAAGAAGAGCGCCACGACCGUUUCAUGAGUCUCAAAGCUGGCGUACCGCCUGCCAAAUUUUGCUUCUCGCCCUACAACCCCCAAGAGUUGUUCGUCGAGCUGGCUAUAUAUCUCGAAAAUCUUGCUAUCAAGGAGCUGGAAUAUCAUGGCCAGCCUUAUGUGCCAAGUGCUGCUGUUCCCAACCAGCCUCCACCUCCUUACGAAAGUCAGCGCCGAAGGUUUCAAUUCCGAGGCAGUCUCCAUCGGGUGGCCGCUGCAAUGGCUUCCGUCAAAGAUUCAUUCGGCAGUGGUUCAUCCUUUCAGUCUGUCGCGACGGAAUUGUCGGAAGAUGAGAAUGAUAAGCAAGAACACUUCAGGGAGUGGGCUCAAGGGCAGCUUGCUGCACAUAAAAAGUAUUUACUACUUCCACCCACCCCUGAUGUAAUCUCAGACGUUUUAGCUCAUUAUAAAAAGGCUCGGGUCCGUAGGUGGGCUCUCCCAUUGGGACUUCAGCUGCAUAGACUGAUUCCUGUUCAUGUAGAAGGCCGACCUGGGUGCUAUGCCUACCAGCCCGUGAUUCCCGACGCCGAGGGAGAUUCGUCUUCUUUGUUCAAGCAGGGUGACGUUGAGAUCCUCACCACGACUCGUGAGCGACUCAGAUAUGAAUACUGGGACUCGGGACCUGUUCUGGAGAUGGAGGCACCAGCACCCCACCCUUUGCUCCCAGACUGGAUGGAUGAGAUUCAUAUUCCCGACUCCAAUGAUAUGAGUGAGUUUGGGCUAGUGGUCGCUUGGCGCUACUACGGAACUGAGGCGUGGAUGAACCGCUAUGGUCACCUCGUUCCAGAAGUUUGA